AUCUCUGAGAGAAUGAUUCGAUUUCUCGCUUCCCCAUAUGCACAAAACUCACUGACUGAGGCCCAACCAACGAAACAAAGCAUCUCUGUUUCUUUUUCGCUUCAGAGAGAGAGAGAGAGAUAGAGAGAGAUGAAGCUUAUCAGAGAACGGACGGUGGGUGGGGCUGCGGUUGUGGGAGGCGACGGCUGGGAAGGAGGUGAAGUGGUGGUUGUAGGGGUCAAGUUCGAUGCGGAGAGCAGAGAAUUGCUUACGUGGUCGCUGAUGAAAGUGGCAAAGCCUGGUGACCGUGUCAUUGCUCUUCACGUUCUCGAAUCUGUUACUGAUUUUGUAGGAGGCACAGCAUCGCUUCUGUCUCUAGUAAAGACAUUUGAUUCUUUGUUGGCAGUCUAUGAAGGUUUCUGCAACUUGAAGCAGGUAGAUUUGAAGCUAAAAGUGUGUAGAGGUUCAUCGGCGAGGAAAAUUUUGGUAAGAGAAGCAAAAUCAAGUGGUGCAGGUAAGGUUAUCGUGGGAACUUCUAAGACCCGUCACAAAAUCCGUUCCUCAACCUCGAUAGCCAAGUAUUGUGCCAGAAAUUUGUCAAAGAGUUUCUCAGUCUAUGCCGUUAGUAAUUGCAAAAUCGUAUUCCAAAGAGAAGCAACCCAAGAUAAAUUCAAGCGAGAAUGUCAAAUUUAUUCGCAAAAAUCCGUGAACAAGAAUUCUACAGAUAGUCCUUCACACUUAGUGUUGCCUGAUAAUGCUGGAAAUGAUUUACUUGAGGAGGCACAUAAUGAUGGUGAUGUUGAUGUUGAUAAUUCAUUGGCUUUGGUACCGGUUCAAUCAAGUGAGGGUGUGUCAAAUUUUAGUGCUAAUGUGGUUGAAAGAUUACCAGAGAGUAAACAGGGUUGGUCAAUUCUUCGCCGGGUAUUUCUACCCAAGCGUCGACCCAUAGAGAAAUCUCAUGUAAAAAAGAAUUCCAUGGUUAAAUGGGUAUUGAAACUGCCAAGCUGGAAUUCUUCAUCAGUAGUGUAUCCUGAUCAAAAACAGACUCUUUUGAGAGUUACAGAAGACUACUGUUCUGAUUUGGAAGGAGAGAAUGGUGCAAUUGUGCCAACGGUGGGCCCUGAAGUUGCAUGGUCCCCCAUCUCACCAUACCAUGGUUCAAAUGGCCUUCCGGAAGAGUUGAAAGGUCUACAUGAGAAAUAUUCAUCAUCAUGUAGACUAUUCAGCUAUGAGGAACUUUGUUUGGCCACUUCUAAUUUCAUGCCUGAAAAUAUGGUAGGCAAAGGUGGUAGUAGUCAUGUUUACAAAGGUUGUCUUCCUGAUGGCAAGGAAUUGGCAGUGAAAAUCUUAAAGCCAUCUGACGAUGUGUUAAAAGAGUUUGUCGCAGAAAUUGAGAUCAUUACACAAUUGCAUCACAAGAACAUAAUCUCUUUAUUUGGUUUCUGUUUUGAGCACAACAAUUUACUCUUGGUUUAUGAUUUUUUGUCAAGAGGAAGCCUAGAAGAGAAGCUUCAUGGUAAUAAGAAGGACGGGAAUGCAUUUGGUUGGCAAGAGCGAUAUAAGGUGGCUUUGGGUGUAGCUGAGGCUCUUGACUACCUACACAAUCUCUAUGAUCAGCCUGUGAUCCACAGGGACGUGAAAUCUUCAAACAUACUUCUUUCUGAUGAUUUUGAGCCACAGCUGUCAGAUUUUGGACUAGCUAGUUGGGUUUCAACAUCUUGCACUGAUGUUGCUGGAACAUUUGGUUACUUGGCUCCUGAGUAUUUCAUGCAUGGCAAAAUGAGUGACAAAGUUGAUGUCUUUGCAUUUGGUGUCGUGCUUCUUGAACUUCUUUCUGGUAGAAUGCCAAUUGAUGGUGAAAAUCCUAAGGGCCAGGGUAGUCUUGUGAUGUGGGCAAGACCAAUUCUAGAGGGUGGUAAAGUUUCCCAAUUACUUGAUCCAAAUAUAGGAAAUGAGUAUGAUGAUGACUGGAUUGAGAGAAUGGUUUUAGCUGCAUCCCUCUGCAUUAGUUGUUCUCCUGGAUUUCGGCCACAAAUCAGCCUUGUUUUAAAGCUUCUUCAAGGUGACGAGGAAGUGACAAAUUGGGCGAGACAACAAGUUAGCGUAUCAGAAGAAGUUGAUACUGUGGAUGGGGAAGCAUUUCCUACUAAUAUUCUAUCCCAUCUUAAUCUUGCGUUGCUAGAUUUAGAGGAUGAUUCUCUUUCCAUAAGUAGCACUGAACAAGGUGUUUCAUUAGAGGAUUACUUACAGGGGAAAUGGAGCCGCACAUCAAGCUUUGACUAACCAUCGUUUACGGUUGAAUGCAAUGUACAGGUGUGAAGAUAUCUCCUGUUUAUUUGUUCUGUAUAUUCCUUUUUUUUUUUUUGGUUGGUUGGUUGGUUGGUUGGUUUGUUGUUUGGGUCUUGGCAGAGAGGUUGUUUGCAAGAGGUUUACCCCCUCCUUGACUUAGAAGAAGUGUAACUUUCCAAAAUUAAAUGGGCAGGUAUUGUUUCCAAUUCUUGAUCUUCUCUGAAUUUUCUUGGAAGAUGGUGGAAAAGCGCAAAUGAGCCGUGGUGGCAUUAUGAGUGAACGUUUUUCCUUAACAAGUUGUACCUGAAGAUGAAUAUUACCAUUAGCCUAAUUAAAUUUCUACUUUUGACAA